GAACUAAUCUUUGUCCUAUCUCAAUCUAUAAUACCAAUAAAUUUCCAAUCAUUUUUUCCCUUAUUUUUUAAAUUUCCCAAAAUUAAACCCCUACUCCCCUUCAUCGAUACCUCAAAAAGAUGACCAGAACAGACGGACAGCACGAACUUCCAGCAUGGAGGGCCAAGGAAAGAAGCAAUAACAUGGCAGGACUGGAAUUAAAAACCAUGAAAGAAGACGAAGUGUGGCUCCAGGACUAUAUGGUUGGAAUUGUUCACUCAAUCGAAGUGGUUCCAUUACUACAAGAAAGAUUUUACAUGGAAGGAUACUUUACAUGCAAGGUUCGUCCAAUGGGUGGGAAGCUAGUCCUUCUGGAAGGAGGUGAUAAGGAUGAGCUAAAGGACCUGGUGGAACUAGCAGUAGAUUGGUUAGCGCAAUGGUUUGAGGAAAUUCAACCAUGGUCUCCAGAAAUAGUAUCAAGUGAGAGAUUCACAUGGAUCAAAUGUCAAGGAAUGCUGGUGCACGGCUGGAACCCAGAGAACUUCACAAAGCUAAGUUGCAUGUUCGGAAAUUUCGAAUCUCUAGAGGAAAGCACCAGCAAAAGAAAAAGGUUUGAUGUUGCAAGGAUUCUUAUCUCCACCCCAGUAAUGGAGUUUAUAUCUAGACCAGUCACCAUCACAAUUAGGGGAGCUCAAUACAAAAUCAAGGUGACAGAGGAGGAAUCAACAGAGCACUUGUUUAGAUUAAAAUCAGAUUAUGCUAUUAGCAGCCAUGAGGACCCAGAGGAUAGUGAGUCUUGGUCGUUGGGGAGUAAUGCACAUUCAGUGUAUGGCGAGGAAGCUUAUGGUGUUGAGGGUAAAAGCUCACACUUUGUGGAAGAACAGGAUGCAAUGAAAGUUACAGAUGAUGACGUGGCAUUUGCACGUCGGAGGGAAGAGGACAAGUCAGUAAAUCAGAGGGAGGAUGAAGAAGACAGAAAAUCAAAAGAAAAAAUGGACAGUAGAGUGGCAGUAGAUUUCUCACAAGCCAGCAAUUUGAAUUCAGAUUCUUUGGAAGUGGUGCCUGAUAGCUUGAUGUGGUUAGAGUUCCAAGAGGCGGCCAAUGGCAGGGAUAAUAAAUGUCAAGCACAAGGAGAAGUCACGGGAAGUCUAGAAAGGGGUGAAGAUGACGAGCUAACCAAAAGAGAAACUGAUGGGCCAAAUGAAGAUGGGCUGGUUGCAAAAAAUACUCAAAUUAGUGAAAAAGACAUCAUGGGAGAUCCUUCGGGAGGAAGGCCAAAUGGGCCGAUGGCUGAAAAGGGCCCAAUGGCUCAAAAUAGUGAUGCUAAUACAAAGGAAGGUGGACUAGAUGCAAAAAACAAAAGAAAUAUUGGGAAACCAAUUAAUACAAAGGAGGCUACAGGAAAUUUUUGGAAAGAAACCGACAGUGACUUAGGGGGGACUGUCGAUUGGAUAGAUAGGGCUAAUAGACAAAAUCUGAGGAGUAAGCCAAAGAGAAAGAAAGCAAGGAAAGCAAGAUUGUGCCUAGAGGUCUACAAAAAGUCAAGAAUAUGCAAGGAGGCAGUGAUUCAGAAAAAAGGGAAGGGGAAGAGAAGUCAUGCAUGCAAUUUGACGGAGAAAAUUCCAGAGUUUAUACCAGGAUCACAAAGUUUGACAGCAGGUGCCUCAGUGGGUGACAGCGACAUCAUGAAGAGGAACCAAAGUCUUCAAGCAAACCAGAAGCACAGAGGGGCAAAAGAAAUCUGGGAGACUGCAAAGGAAAUUAGGCUGGUGGCAAACGGGAAUGAAGAAGUGAUUACCCAAAAGAUAGAGCAAAUGGAAAUUAGAGAUCGGAAAGCAAAAGAUGGCUUGAGGAAGCAGUGCAAUGAGAAAGAUAAAACAGCUCCAUUCACUGAGGAGGAAAUUAGAGCAGCAAUGUGGGAUUGUGACAGCUCAAAGGCACCAGGCCUAAUGGUCUCAACUUUAGGAAGACAGUUACCAGAGAGUGUUGUGAUCGCAAAUGAAGUGCUGGAUGAGCAAAAAAUGGAGGAAAUGGAUCCAAGAAUGCUUGAAAACUGCAUCAAUAUCUAUGCUAAUAAAUGGCAGCCCCUCACAACAAAUCAAGAUGUCAAAAGGCCUGAGACAAGGGGACCCAUUAUCCCCUUUUCUAUUUUUGUUGGUAGCAGAAGGUUUGAAUGGGUUGAUAAUGAAGGCUAUGAUACCUUGAUCGUGGGUGAGGUAGAUGAAGAGAAUAUAUGGGCUGUCAAGUGUAUCAUGAGAAGUUUUGAAUUGGUGUCGAGAUUGAAGAUCAAUUAUGCUAAGGGCCAGUUAAUGGGCGUUAACGUGGAAGAGGAAUGGUUAACUCGGAUGGCAAGCCUUUUAAAUUGCAAGGGAGACAAAUAUCUGGUGAACCAAAUGGGCAUAUGGGAAGAUGGCCUGUGGAGAUGGAACUUGAAGUGGAAACGAGAUCUUAGGGAGUGGGAAAAAGUGAUGGAAAAAGAGUUGUUGGAUGCAAUCACACCAAUUCAACCCAAUCAAGGAAACGAGGACAAGUGGCUUUGGAUAUUAGAUAGUAAGGCUGGCUAUUCCACAAAGUCAGCAUACCAAUUCCUGACAUCAAGGCCUUAUCGAACCGAAGAGAUAUUAGCCAUCACAGUAUCAAGGAAGAGCGAAUGGAACUCCAAAGCCAAAUAUAUCAACAAGGGAGGUUAUGGCAUUCUGGAAGGGCUGAGCAUUUCUGAAUCCCGACACGGACGUGGUGUCGACACUUUAUUAGGGUGUCGACACCAAACGGAAGAGCUGAGCUCAAAUCUCCGACGCGGACAUGGUGUCGACACAUAAUAUAGGUGUCGACACCGAAUGGAAGGGCUUUUCGACGAACUCUUUGCCUUUCAAACUGAGAUGUUUACGGGUUUCGGAUACUCUUUGUACUCAAUUUCAAUAAAUAUUACUUUUGCUU